AAAUCGCGGUGUAAAUAUGAUAAUUUAGUUAAAAGUAUGAUUACUAAAAGCAAAAGUUUAAGCGGGACAUAUGCUAGGUGAUGUAGACCCACAUUCAUGCCAACAAAGCCCAUGCCUCUAAUACACCGAGGAAUAACUAUUUCAUGUUGAGCUCAUGUACGUUGAUCUUUUAUAAAUAGGGCUCAUAUACAUCUGAGAUCCGACUAGUCAACCCAUGUGUCAUGCCAAAAAGUACCUCUAAACAAAAAUUCAAAAAUAAUAUUCAUGCACGGCUCAUGUCCCACUCGGUGGCACUCUUGUGUUGUGUGAUACUGUUUCGGGCUUUGCCCACAUAUUGAUCCGGGCCAUUCCAUGCCCAUUUCUAGUGCCAAAAACCCAUUUCAAGUCCUCGGUUUCAAACUCUCCCAAAGUCCCAAGUUUCAAUUCUUGUUCAGAAGUUGAAAUUGGAAAAAAUACAGUCGCACUUUCAUCAAUGUUAUUGCAAAUGCCACUGGUAGAAAAUACUCAAAAUAGUGAACAAAACAACAAAUUAUUUUCAAGCUUAAUUCAUUUCAGAGGAACCCCCAAAAGCUAAUUUUGAUUUACAGUAAGAAAGCACUGUGAUGCCGAAUUCAUGGCUUCGUGCAAUUUCUAUUGGAAAAAGGAGACACCCUUUAUUGGGUUUUCUCUACCAAACAAGCUCUCAAGUUUUAAUUCACAGCAGAAGUAUUAGUAUAUUGGUUGAUAACCCAGGUUCAAAUUAUCUUUGCAAUGGUGGAAAUGUUCUUAAUUCAUCCCCAACUUCAACGUUUGGUUCAUUGUUAGGUAAUUGGGUACAUGGAAAAGGUAGAGUAGGAGUAGGAGGUUGUGUUGGAUUAGGACUUAGCUCGCCUUUAAGGUGCCAAUGCACAAGCAUUGCCGGUUUUUGUAGUUUGCCGGGGUCUAGCACUUGCAUAUCUGAAAAGUCGGAUUUCGACUGUAAUGCAUCCGAGCUUGCUGAGGAGAAUCUUGUUGAAAAAGUGAAAACCAAGAGUUUGAGCAAGAAGCUGGUGGACUUUACACAGGUGGAUAAGGAAUUGCUUCCUACUGUUAUUAUUGUGGGGCGGCCGAAUGUGGGCAAAUCUGCCCUCUUUAACCGUUUAAUUCAGCGGAGAGAGGCUCUUGUAUAUAACACUCCUGCUGAUCAUGUGACUCGUGAUAUACGGGAUGGGAUUGCCAAACUGGGAGAUUUGCGGUUCCAGGUACUUGAUUCAGCUGGCUUAGAAGCGGCGGCAACUUCAGGGUCUAUCCUUGGACGAACUGCAGAUAUGACAGCCAAUGUGUUGUCGAGAUCCCAGUUUGCCAUCUUCUUGAUUGCUGCAAGAGAUGGCUUGCAAUCCAUGGAUUUACAGGUUGGGAAGUGGCUGCGUAAGCAUGCGCCUGGAAUUAAAAUUGUUCUGGUGAUGAAUAAAUCUGAAUCUCUAGAUGAGUCAGAUGGGUCACUUGCAGCAGCUGCUGGUGAAGCAUGCAGAUUAGGUUUUGGUGACCCUAUUGCUAUAUCUGCUGAGACUGGUUUGGGCAUGUCAGAACUUUAUGGUGCUCUAAAGCCCUUGCUGGAGGAGCAUAUGUUCCAAAUCAUAAAUGAUGAAGCUACUCUGGAAAGCUCUCCUGAGCCUGAAGAAUCUAAGUUACCUCUACAGCUGGCAAUUGUUGGACGGCCCAAUGUUGGAAAGUCAACCUUACUGAAUACAUUAUUACAAGAAGAGCGUGUUCUGGUGGGACCAGAAGCUGGUCUGACAAGAGAUUCUAUUCGAGCUCAGUUUCAGUAUGAUGGCAGAACUGUAUAUAUGGUUGACACUGCUGGCUGGUUGGAGAGGACAAAAGAGAAAGGCCCUGCUUCAUUGAGCAUUAUGCAAACCAGGAAAAAUCUUAUGAGGGCUCAUGUAAUUGCAUUGGUUCUUGAUGGAGAGGAGGUUGCAAAGACCAAGAGGAGCAUGAAGCAUGCCGAAAUAGUUAUAGCUAGACAGGCAGUGGAAGAAGGACGUGGUUUGAUAGUAAUCGUAAAUAAAAUGGAUCUUUUGAAAGGAAAGCAGAAGUCUAAAUUAUAUGGAGACUUCAUUAAAGCUGUUCCUGAGGAGAUUCAGAAACUUAUACCGCAGGUAACUGGAAUACCAGUUAUAUUUGUUUCUGCUCGGGAGGGAAAGGGUCGUAUAGCAGUCAUGCGUCAGGUGACUGACACUUACGAGAAAUGGUGUCUACGGCUGUCAACAGCCAGACUUAAUCGUUGGUUGCGAAAGGUUAUGAGCAGGCACUCUUGGAAAGAUCAGGCUGCACAACCAAAGGUAAAGUACUUCACACAGGUGAAGGCUCGACCACCAACAUUUGUUGCCUUUGUUAAGGGGAAAACAGUGCUGUCAGAUACGGAAAUACGGUUUUUGACAAAAUCUUUGAAAGAAGACUUUGAUAUGGGCGGGAUCCCAAUUCGUAUCUUGCAACGGUCUCUAAGUAGACACGACACAACCUCCAAGAGCACCCUUGCUAAGCGUAGCCAUACAGGAAAAGUGGUUGAAAGAGCAUCUUCAGAUAAGCGGAGUGUCAGUUUGAAAUGAGGUUAUAAUAGUAACAUUUUAAAAAAAAAAAAUUAUAAUUGUAACAUAAUUACAAAGUAAUGUAUUUUCUUUGCCUAAAAAUAUAUUGGAAAAUAUAUUUGUGGGAACCAAUACUCCGUACGGCAAGGAAUAAAUUUGCUCAUUAGACUUGGAGCAAAUUUGUACUAAGUUAUGUAUAUUUAAAAUCUUUGAUCUUCCUGUACUCUCCACUGUGCUGGUAUCCCAUGCUAGUGUGCUACAUAAUAUGUAUGACGGACUGAUGGUUUAACUCCUUAUUAAACAGGGAACUUGGGUAGUUUACUAGUUUGACAUACCCUCCUAUAUACAUACGAACAUAAUAAAGUGAUUACUUAAC